AUUUAUUUUUUAGGUGACAAACAUAAUAAAUUGAACAUGUUACAUUAUUAAAUUAAUUUCUUAUUUUUUUAUGGGAGAUGCACCAAUAAAUCCCAAAUCCUUAUCUUAUGAUCCAGUUGGUCCUAUCUUUUAUCUUAUGAUCCAAUAAGUCUCAAUCUAAUGUUGAUGACAAAAUAACCCGUGUUCCACUUUGUUUGGCACAUUGUAGUAAGGGUAAAUGUGGAAUACCACAAUGUGGAAUUGACUAAGAUGCCCAAAACCCUUACUGUGUUAAUGUUUCUUUUCCCUCCAAACAAAUCGGAAUCGAAGAGACGUGUAUGGAAAUUUUAACAGUACGCUGAUGUUAAUGGCAUAAUGUUGGGUAGGGCAGAUCAAGAUUCGUAAUUGGCAACGUGGAAUCCUUGUGGAUUGGGACACUAGAAUAUGAAUUUGCAUUUUACCCUAAAACCUAGCAAAUAUGCAACCGCUACCCUAUUGAUACAUCGACACCGGUGGCUUGGGUGACUGUGACACUGUUGUGUUUUUGUGCGGCGAUCGGAAAACCUUCAUACUCCGGCGGAAGUGACUGUGUUUGGCAAUAAUGGCACCAGGUACUAGUGGCAAUCGAAAUGGAAAACGGAACAUUGGCACAAGGUCACCGGAAACGUCGACCAGGUUGGCCAUGAAAAGACAAUCCAAACUGCCAUUCAAGAAACAAAAAGGGGCCAGUGGUUCUGUUAUGAAAGUUGAUGUGGAUCCAUCGAGGUUAAUGUACUAAUCCAACAUAUCAAGGGUGAUUAACACAGUGCUUGAAUUGGAAUUACGUGAUGGGCAUAUUAAACAAUUAUAGAAAACCCCAUUUUGGGUGAUGAUUGAUUCUAUUCGGGUGAACGAGCUUGAUCCGAAAUCGUUUAAGAAGUGUGAUGCCACAGUCUGUCGAAUUAUUCAAACUUAGAACCUCGAAGAUGAGAAGUUCCACAUUGGUGGAGCUAAGCUACCAUUGCGGAACAACGACAUCAUGUUGAUAUUUGGGGUACAAUGUGGGAAGGAGAAGUUGGAUUUGGCACAUGGUGGUAAAGGGCUUCUGAUUUCAUGCAAAGACGUUGCGCAAAUGUUAGCCGGAUAUCUUCGAAAGUUAUAAAGGAUUUGCUGACCGAAGCAAUAUGUGGUCGUACAAAACGUGACGAAGAAGACGUGGCAAAACUAGUGUGUCUUUACAUUUGUGCGAAGUUAUUUUUCGCAACCACUGGCGAGCAUAUAAGGUGGGCCUUUGUUUGUGUGAUUGUCAAACUAGAUACGUUAAGACAGUACAACUGGAUUGCAACGAUUCGGAACACGCUGAUUGGUUCGCUAAAUGAUAUGCACAAUAGGCCAGAGAGGGUGACUGGUUGUGUCAUAGCGUUGCUAUUUCUCAUUUCUAAACAUUCAACCAUCAUCACCCCGGAAAGGCCUAAUGUGACACCAAGGUUUUGUCGAUGGAACAUUGGCGCAGUUGUGGGGAAAUUGAAAGGGAUAAAUUUUUCGGCAGAAGUUUCCAUUGAGGUUCACUGUGGUAAACUUGUCGGGACAAUUACUAAGUGUCAUAUUCUGAAACUAGCUGCUGUUGCGAAUGAAACAAGACAAGAUGGUCGAAUUACGAUGGAUGUGGAUCCAGUUAACGCGUGCGAUGGUCAUGGGGUUGUUGUUGAGAUGAAUGAUGUGGGCAGUGUGGAGCCAAGCUUCAAUUGUUGGCAGCCUGAUGCACCGAAUGGUGGUCUCAUCGAAAAGAAAGUGAUUGAAAUAAAGGUGUUGUGAUUGGAGAAAAAAAAGAGAGAAGAUGACUGAGAGCAAGAAGAUUCAGCUCAGGACCGUUGGCGCGCUGAGUCUAUCAGUGGUUUCGUCAAUUUCAAUUGUGAUAUGCAAUAAGGCCCUUAUUACCACAUUAGGUUUUAAUUUUGGUGCUGAGUGGUGGGCUCAACAAUUUGGAAAGUCUCUGCCAUUUUUGAGUUGGGUUCCAGUGAUAAAUGGUAUGUUGCUAAGGGAAAAGGGGAUAUUGCAACAUCAUCAGCUGAUUGAUGAGUUCGAGAAUGUUGUUGGAGAAGAUGGAGUCAUGAAGGAGCUCAAAGAGAGUCCUUUUAGCCAAAUUCUGAAGUUUGCACAGAUGGCUUUGUUUCGUGGACUUGUGGAUAAUCCAUAUUGGUGUAUGGAGAAGAAUUUUCACUUUUGUGUAGAACUAAUAUAAUACUUUUGUCGUCCUCAGCUUUUGUGUAGUUCAUUAUUACUGAUACAUAAAACUUUUGACAAUCAACAGAUAAUGACUGUCAUGGUACAUAGAUCACCUUCUGUCGUGGUACAUAUAUACCAUUUGUCGAUGUACAUAUAGGACGUUUUGUCAUGGUCCAUAGAAAACUUUUGUCGUGGUACUUAUAUCACCUUUUGAUGUGGUACAGAUUACGAUGGUAAUUUGUACCAUGCUAAAUGGUAAUUUCGCUUGGUAAUAAAUGAAUUUUUUGUAUGCGGAGGGCU